UGCUUGCUCGAGCUAGUCCUGGUGAUAACAACACAGCGAGAGGAAGGAAGCGAGGACAUCAAACCGUCUGUGAACUAGUGUCCUUUACUUUGUAUUUUAGCAAGAAGCUACCAGCGCGGUUGACAACUGAGACUUUUAUACAUCGUUUUUAGCUUUUGAAUUGUUGUUACAGCCGCUACCUCCGUUUUUAUCUACUGCCAACUGGUUGACUUUGACGCAAUAUGCCUUCAGAAAAAACCUUCAAACAAAGAAGGACAUUCGAACAAAGAGUAGAAGAUGUGCGACUGAUCCGAGAGCAGCACCCCAACAAGAUACCCGUGAUCAUUGAGAGGUACAAAGGAGAGAAGCAGCUCCCCAUCCUGGACAAGACCAAGUUCCUGGUGCCAGACCACGUCAACAUGAGUGAGCUCAUCAAGAUCAUCAGGAGGCGCCUGCAGCUGAACUCUAACCAGGCCUUCUUCCUGCUGGCUAAUGGCCACAGCAUGGUCUCCGUGUCGGCCGCCAUCUCCGAGGUGUACGAGCGUGAGCGUGACCAGGACGGCUUCCUCUACAUGGUGUACGCCUCCCAGGAGACCUUCGGCACCGCCCUGACCAAUCAGUGAACCACUUCCUGUUUCUUCUUCCACCUGACAGGCCAUCGGACAAUUGUAGUUCUUAGCCCCCCUCCGUGUUUAAGCCACACACCUUUUAGUCUUGCAAACUAAAUCUAAACACAGCGUAAGAUAAUUCCCAGAUUGAUUGGUCGGCAUAUUAAGAUGAGGAACCCGUUCUUUAUCGCCCUAUCUGGUGAAUCAUGUCUGCUGUCAUGGCAACGUACCGCCUGUUAUUUUCAGUUUUGUGGUCUCCUCGGCUGUAUUUAUGUUAAUGUAUAUAUACAUUUCAGGUAGUGCUAAAGUGGUAACGCUCCACCACUUAUAUAUAAAUAUAUACAUUAGCCAAUGAUCAAAGCCAACCUUAGUUUUAAGGGUUUUUGGGGACAGGCGCUGGAGAAAGUUAAGGGUUUCUAGGGUUGUUUUUAUUGCAGUUAAAGGGGAACGUUUUAGAUUUUUAGAGUACUAUUGCCAGAGUAAAAUGCUAAGGAAAUAGCAAAGAUCUUAUUAAUCCAAGCAACUCUGCAGCGUGUGUCACAUUCCCUCUAUUCCUCUGUGUUUUAACGCCUCCCUGCCUUGUAUCCUAAAAGCAUCUUCACUGUAACAAAAACAUGUUUGGGAACUGCUUCUGCUCUUGAAAUGGAUGAUUGUUUGCAACUAAAAAUGCCUUGGUGUACAGAUCAUAGAGCUUAAAGUAUAAAAAGGGUUUCCAAUGAGAGUGUGGACACACUACAAGGAGCAUGGUCCGAGUGCAUGUGUGAAUGGAGGGUGAUAAAUGCUGAUGAGAGGAGGGGGCUGCCAUUUUUUUACUUUUAUCUCCUUUAUCACAAGUAUUUAUUAAGGUGAUGAAGAAAGGUCAAAUCUACAGGGCUGAUUUCCCAGAGCUGUUCGGUUUGACUCUGCUGAAACUCAACAAGCACUUUCAUUGUGGGGAAAACCUGCACUCUAAAAAAAAAAAAAAAAAUCCUGUCUGUCUCUAGAUGGUCCUUCUGUCCUCCUCCUCACCAUCUUCUUCGAUUUAACUGCUUUUAUAUAUCGCAGUAUUUUAUCAUUUUCUUUUAUGUGAUUUUUAUUUUCUUAGUCUGACAUGUCUUCGCUGUCUACUGUAUGUGAAGUACAAAGCCACUGUGUGUGUGUAACGGGGGGGGGGGGGGCAUUCGGCACAGUGGUCUUCUUUCUGCCUGCCCCUCUGUUUCACACACGCAUACACACAUCAAUAUCACACAGCCUCUUAUGUAUUUAUGUUGGUAUUUUGUAAACAAUAAAAGGAGAAAAAAAAGUACA